CACACUGCCAUCAGGAUCUUCAUCAGAUCACUUCUGCUGAAAUCUGACCAUGAAGCUGGUUUCAGUCGUCCUCGUCUUGCUGGCUCCACUGUUGACCAGCUGCCAGAAGGUCAUUCGGCCGGUAGACUGCAGUGACAUUUACCACAAUGACAACAGCCAACCCAGUGGAGUGUACACCAUCUAUCCCAUCGGAGCCACAUCUGCUGUCCAGGUGUACUGUGACAUGGUCUCAAAAGGAGGACGGUGGACGGUGUUCCAGAGGAGGAUGGAUGGCACGGUGACCUUCUACAGGGGCUGGGAUCGAUACAAGACUGGCUUUGGUAGCGCUGCUGGAGAGUACUGGCUCGGUCUUGAGUCUCUCUACCACCUGACUCUGAAGAGAAAGUAUGAGCUGCUGGUCGACAUGGAGGAUUUUGGAGGAAACAAAGCGUUUGCCCAUUACUCCUCGUUCUCCAUCGACCCAGAGUCCUCCGGCUACAAACUGUCUGUUUCUGGAUUCACUAAUGGAGGAGCAGGAGACUCCCUGAGUUAUCACAACGGACAGAAGUUCACCACCUUCGACAAAGACCAGGACUUAUAUUCAGGGAACUGUGCCAAACUAACCCUGGGGGCGUUCUGGUACAACAUCUGUAACAUUGCAAAUCCAAACGGUGUUUAUCGUUGGGGGGCUGACAGCACUGUCCAGGGUGUUGGAGUGGAUUGGCCCACUUGGAAAGGUUUUAACUACUCCCUAAAGAGCAUCAGCAUGAAGAUCCGUCCUGUGCAGUAG